GCGGGGUGGUUGCUUGAAAGCUGCCCUGCCCCCUUCGUUUCCUACCCGCUCGGGCACAACGGUCGCAUGUAGCUGGGCGGCAGCGCAGGCCAGUGGCUGCGGAGUGCGGUCCGGCGGCGCGAGGUCGCAGUCCGAGCUCUGCGCUCGCCGCAGCCAGGCUCCCGGCGCGGCUCAUCCGCCCGGCCAGUGCCUGGCGGGGCUGCGGCAGCGCCGACCUAGAGCGCCCGGCGGGCACCGGGCACCGGAGGCGGAGGUUCCCACGCGGCACACGUGGGGGCCCUCGGCACGCCCGGUCGAGCGGGCAGCAUGGGGCAGGCGGGCUGCAAGGGGUUUUUUCAGUCUGCUUUCGACUACAAGACCGAAAAGUAUGUGAUCGCCAAGAACAAAAAGGUGGGGCUGCUCUACAGACUGCUGCAGCUCACCAUCCUGCUGUACCUGGUCGUAUGGGUGUUCGUGAUAAAGAAGGGUUAUCAAGAUAUGGACACCUCCCUGCAGAGUGCUGUUGUCACUAAAGUCAAGGGCGUGGCCUACACCAACACCUCGGAGCUCGGGGAGCGUCUCUGGGAUGUCGCAGACUACGUCAUCCCACCCCAGGGAGAUAACGUCUUCUUUGUGAUCACUAACCUGAUCGUGACCGCCAACCAGCGGCAGAGCACCUGUGCUGAGCGUGAAGGCAUUCCUGAUGGGAUGUGUUCUCAAGACCAUGACUGCCGUGCUGGCGAGCCUGUUAUAGCUGGAAAUGGAGUGAAGACUGGCCGCUGUCUGCUGGCGGGGAACUCGACUGUAGGCACCUGUGAGAUCUUUGCCUGGUGCCCAGUGGAGACACAGUCCAGGCCCAAGAAGCCACUCCUGAGGGAUGCUGAAGAUUUCACCAUUUUCAUAAAGAACUAUAUUCGUUUUCCCAAGUUCAAUUUUUCCAAGGCCAAUGUACUAGAAGCAAAGAACAAAGAUUUUCUGAAAUCCUGUCGCUUUGGCCCCAACAAUCACUACUGCCCCAUCUUCCGGCUGGGGUCCGUGGUCCAGUGGGCAGGGAGCAACUUCCAGGACAUUGCCUCAGAGGGAGGUGUGAUAGGAGUUCAUAUCGAAUGGAACUGCGACCUGGACAAAGCUGCUUCUGAGUGCCACCCGCGCUAUUACUUCAACCGUUUGGACAAUAAACAUGGAAAAUCUGUUUCCUCUGGGUACAACUUCAGGUUUGCCAGAUACUACCGAGACUCCGCUGGGGUGGAGUUCCGCAACCUGAUGAAAGCCUAUGGGAUCCGCAUCCAUGUGAUAGUUAAUGGCAAGGCAGGGAAGUUCAGCAUCAUCCCCACAAUCAUCAACGUGGGCUCCGGGGUGGCACUCAUGGGUGCUGGGGCUUUCUUCUGUGACCUGGUACUCAUCUACAUCAUCAAAAAGAGGGAGUUUUACCGUGACAAAAAGUACGAGGAAGUGAGGGGCCGAGAGUAUGCGGCUCGAGGGGCCGAAGCUGAGGCCGAGACCGAGGAGAUGGAGCAGGGGCAGACAGCGGAGGAGCAGCCGGAGGGGGAGCGGCGGGAGGAGGAGCCCCAGGCCCCGCCGCAGAGCAGCAGCUGGAAGGAGAACGGCGGCGUGUGCGGGAAGCUCCCGCGUUCCUCCAGCCUUGUCCAUCGCCGGGGGAGGCUGUGUUCAUGGGCUUGGGCUGCCGGACCCCACCACAGUUGCUGCUGCUUAUUGCUGAGUGGUUCCAGAGCUGCCCUCCAUGUGUUUGGGCUGCACCGAGGAACCUUGAUGGGCUGCCCCUUUCUCCAGAAGCUGACUACCUACCACGCUGCCAAUGAGCAUGGCCGCUGCAUGGCUCUGCCUUUAGGGAGGGGACCCAGCCACAGACAGAGUGCCAACAGUUCUGCCCCACCUCCCAGGACUGGUGUCUUGAAGAAUGCAAAGGUGAAUGUACAGCAGCUGCAGACCCUGCAGACAGUGGGGACGUAGCCAGAGCUGUUGGCUGAGAGCAGAUUCGAAGAUGCCGGGGCCAGAACAGUCUGCAACUCUGAACUGGGAAGGUGUAUCCUCAUGCCUGCAUUGGGACAGGGACUUCUGGGGACAGCCAUCUCUCUUGUACUUUGGGAUCCUGCUAUAAGCUUUUUUUGUAAGGAGAGAAGCCUCCUGGUAGCUAGAGUGGCCCACAUCCAGAAGAGAGGCCCUGGGGCUGGCACCCAGGGAAGGGAGCAGGCCAGAGGCCUGGGUGGCACUGGAGUGUCUUAAUUUUUCCAGAGUCUCAUUGGACACUCAUUUAUUCAUCCAUGUAGUAAACAUUGAUGCAUGUUU